AUGAAACAUUUUACCAUUUUACUAACAUUUGCUCUCAUUGUUUGUACAAAACUCGAAGAUAUUCCAGCUUUUGAUGAUCCAGUUAUUAGUUUAGAACAAGCUUGUAUGUGUCCAAAAAUUUAUAUGCCAGUCUGUGCGUCAAAUGGUAAAACUUACGGUAACAAGUGCAUAUUUGACUGUGAGCAUAUGAAAUUACUACAGGCAAAUGAAGAAGGUAUAAGUUUAGUUAAGGAAUAUCCUUGUGAUGAAGAGACAGAACUGUGA